CUUGGAUAGCAUGAAGUAACAACUUAUUUUUUAAGGUAGUCCACAAUAUCGAAAUUGAGCCGAACGAAACAAUUUUUUCUGAGAUUUCAAAAAACAUAUCGCUCGUGAAUCUUCUAUUACAAGAUUUGAUGAAAAAGUACGAUUUACUUAAACAUUUAACUCACACGGAUACGGAUAAAAUCAGCACGAAUAAGACGUUAAAUGAAUUCAUCAAUAUGAAGUCACAUUAUAAAGUCAGAGCAAAAGAUAAGAUAAAAGAACCAAAAAAUACUCUUAGUGCUACUGAAUAUGAUAUCGAUCAAUCAACUGAAGAUAAUGUCAGUGGGAUACACAAGAAAAAAACCCCAAAGGGAAAGAAAAUUUAUAACAAGGAUGAUCAUUUUUCCAGGGAUACUAAGAUUCCGUUAGGAUACCCUCUCAAAUUAGAAGGUACGACUUUAUUCUUUACUGAUGAAUCAUCUGAAAAUAAUACGAAUGAGACACAUUACAAAAGGAAGCCAAGGGAUAAAAAACUUUUCGGUAAAAAAGACACUGUUUCAUCAGAUUCACAAGAAGAUACAUUUGUUACAAUAAUAUCUCAAAGUUCAACAACACAAAAGCCAAUUAAAUUAAAAGAAAAUCUUAAGCACAAAAAGAUAACUCAAAAAGAUAAUGUAGAUGAAGAAAUACUUAGAGGUAAUCCAAAAGAAAGUGAAGGUUCAGAAGAUGUAAAAAAAGUAUUAGUGAUUCAUUUAGAUAGUAAUAAAAAUCCUAAUGCAAAUCAGCUACGAACACCUCAUUCAAAUGAAGUGAAAAUUCCAUCAACAAAAAAGAAGCAGCGCACAACGGAGUCUUCUAAGUUUAAAUCGGAUAUUGCAGCCGACCCCAAUUCAGAUUUCGAAGAGCAUAAAGUGAUGCAAGAAGAAAUUUCAAGAGCAAAAUCACUACGACAAGCCCUUGGUGAUGCCUGCACCAAACUUGUCAAUAGGAAAUGUAAAAAAGCAUUAAAAGAUGUCCUAACAGAUAUCUGCAAAAAGGAGAGAAAAUGCUCAAGUAAAUUCAACAACGACUUUACUCAAAAUGGCAUUGAUGCUUGUGACGAGGAGUUUAAAAACCCCAACGGAAAAAGAGGUCAAAAUGUUCGUCAUGAUAAGCAUUUUAGAGAUUACGAUGAUGAUGAUGAUGAUUCAGAAAAUGAUGAUCAUGAUCGGGAUGAGGAACUAACUGGAGCACAAUUCAUUGACUACACAAGGCAAGGAUUAUUAGACAUGACAUGUCUACAAGCUAUAAGCGACUUUAAAAAGCCAAAAAUUGCGGAAAGGACAAACGUCACCAACAUCGAUACCAAAACCCAUGACGUCCACAUAUUACGUGAUAAACUCGAAAACGCUUGCCGAAAGGCAUCCUUCGAAAAAUGUAAUAAAGCUUGUAAAUCUGCAAGCAAGAAAACAUGCAAAAAACAUGAAUGUGUUACUGCGAAAGAGAAAGCCCUUGGAAAAAGUUGUAAAAAGCGAUGUAUGGAAAGCUAUGGAUAUCACGAAGAAGAUUCUAGUGAAAGUGACUCAUCUUCGGAUGAAGAUUCAGACAGUUAUUAAAGAAAUUUUAAAUAAUUA